GCAAGACCGAGCAGCAAAGAAAGAGCCGGGGUCAGCAGGCGAAAGGGACAGUUACCUGGCCGGCACAGGGUCGAGUGGCCCCGGCCCUUGAUUCCCGCCUGCCCCGCCAUGCGCGGCCCCCACCCGGGACCCCGGCUUCCAAGCCGACUCCUCGGGCCCGCCCCACCCCCGCGCCCAGGACGAGGGGCCACAACUGCGGGCAGACGCCGCGCGCGGGCCACUCGGAGACUCACCUCCCCCGGAUGCGCUACACCAUCAAUGGAGGAGAGAAAACGAGGCAGAGACAAUGUGGGAGGCGAACAAGGGGAGAGGAGCCUGGAGGCGGAGGCGGGGGCUAGACCCGAGCCGGGCGAGCGUCUCGGGAGUGCAGGAGGAAGAGGAGGCUGGGAGCGCGGGGGGCGGCUCGCGAGCGUCUGUGGGAGCAGCGGCGCUUCGGCGAUGGUGGCCGAGCCGCUGCGGGGCUGCUGCACCGACCCGCCGCCCACUCCGCGCUCGGGCCCAGCCCACCUCGCAGUAUCGCGCCCUGCCAUUGGCGCGACCUGGAGUGACGCGCGAGGAGGCCUCGCCAAUGGGAAGCGGAGGGCGGGCAGAGGGGGCGGGACUUCUUUGAGCGCUCGCGCUCUCGCUCUCUCUCUCUCUCUUUUUUUUAAUUUCUAAUAAAAUGAGCAGAAGAGAAGGAGGGGAGCGGCCGAGCCCCUGCGACGCGGCGGCCAGGCUCGAGCGCGCGCUCCAGGCAGCGACCGGGCCGUGGGCUGAUCUCCCCGCUGGCUGCGUCUUUGUGCGGGUCCCGGGCCGCAGCGCGCAGCGGGCAGGUCCCAGGGGCCGGGGUGGCCGGAGUCCAGUUGCUCCUGUUAUUAACCAGGAUCACGGUUUGCUUUUUCAGCCACUUAAAACGCGGAUUCAUAUCCCUGGGGGGACCGGAGUGGGUUCGAAAGAUUCGCUCCAAGACUCGAAAUUCUGAUGCACAUUAACGUCUUUAGAAUAAGCCUUUGGCAAAAGAUUAUUUAGAAAAAGAAAAAAGUAAUUGGUUGGUAGAUUGCACUGCUAAUAUGAAAAAACAAUUAUAAAAAUAGAAAGCCUGAAAAGAAAGUCUCAUCAAGGAAAAAAGAAGGGACACAGACACAGAGCAGAUUUCGGAAAGCGAGGAAUGUACACAACUCUGUGCCGUAAGUUUGAAAAAAUCUAAAAACAGGGGGAAAAAAAAUCCAAGUGUCACCUUUUCUUUGAGAAAUAUUGUGUCCCACUUUCCCAAAAACCGAUAAUCACAGGGUCUCCACUGCUAUAAGGGAAUUGCGGGGCAGGCCAAAUGUUCAGAUUCUAUUUAAUAUAAUUUAUAGGAUUGAAGGGUUUGGGGAAAUUUUAAUUAUGAUUAGCAGUUUUUGAAAUGCAUAUCAUGCUUAUUGAGUUCUUUCACAGACCCUGGCAAGAAUCCAGGGUGAAUCAUCAACCUAUUGUUGGUUUGUUAAUACACUGAAAUGCUUAGUGGUCCUUAUAUCGUACACUCUUCCUGAAGGAGCUCAGAUCUGUAUAUAAUAGAAUAAUUAAGGGAUAGAACAUAGCACAAAAUAAUUCACUCAUCACUUUCAAAUAAAGUGAUAAUUUUCUCCUUGCAAUAUCUAUACAGAUUGCAAUUUCCACAUCCAACAGUUUAAAAAAUAAUAGGACUAAUAGAUACUAUUUGAUGGUGACCCAGACAUCUAAAAUCAAAUGGGUCUUUGCCACUACCUUUCAGAGUAACUUUAAGCAGGAAAAUUCCUUUCUGCUGAAAUUCCUUCAGCUGUGAAAUGGGGAAACUAGUUAAUACCACCAUAUCUCUAAUAAUGUGAGAACUGAAUUUUACAACAUCAUAAAUUCGAUAAACAGCUCUCAACCUCCUAGAUACAGAUGGAACUAUUUCACAACAGUUUGGAAAUGAUGAAGGGUAAAGUGCAUUAGAUGGCUUUGCUUGCCAUCAAAAUCUACAUUUACAGAAGCACUGUUUCUAAUAAAGGUUCAGCUCUGUAGUGGAGGAAUGGACGAUGGCUCUAAGAGGAUACCAGUGGAUCCUGCAGGGCCAUUCAGCAGGGAAGAGAGAGGUUCUUGAAAUCUGAGAGGGACUGACAUCAUUUUCACUUCUUAUUUUUUUAAUGUAGAUUUAAAAGUCUUGAAAUUCCACAUUGUUAUUAAGUAUAAUAUUAUGGUAUUGGGCCAAAAAUUAGCCAACUAGACCUGUUUAACUAUAACAAUCCCAUGCAAGAAUUGUAGUCCAACCAUAAAGCCACAGAAUACAGGGUUCCUUCCAAGGAACUUAGAGACUGAUAAGGUAAUAACAAUACAGUGUAAUAAGAACAACGAUUAAACCAUUGACUGAAAGCUUAUUAUGUUCCAAGCACCAGGCAAAGCAUGUUGCUUUCUUAGCCUACUUAGUCCUGACAGCAGUUCAUGAAGUGUAUUAUUAGUAUCUCCAUUUUAAAGGUCAAGAAACUGGGGCUUAGGAAAGUUAAAUAACUUGCUCAAGGUGAAAGAGUUCAAAUAUCUAGUGGGUUAUUUUUCCCAUGAUGAAAUUAGAAAAAGUUUCCUUAUUUUCCCUUUGGCAAGCUUUAGAAUAUGGAGAUUACUUAUCUGAACCUGAUAACAUCAAGAAGCACUUUUGUUAGUUAUUUUAUAUAUCUUACUAUGAGUAGAAGUGAUUUAAUUUGUAUACAGAAAUCAAAUCAGAUAUAAUACUAUUAUUUAAAAGAAGCCAGGAGAAAAAGAGAUUAUUUAAUAAAUGGUGUUGAGUAAUCAGAUAGCUCUAUGGGUAAACAAAAGCAACUCAGGAAAACAGAAUUUUUAAAAUUAGAUUUCUGUUAUUCCUAAACCUCUUUCCCUAAAUUAUAAAUGGAUAUAUUUUAAAUGUAAAAAUUGAAACCACUAAACCACUAUUUCUUAGGUUGAGUUUACUUGUGUUUAUUAUUGUCUUCUAUAAGCUACAUAUAGGUUAUGCUCAUUUUUUGUAUAUGUCAGAGAUUUUGUAAUUUUUAAAAAUGAAACAAUAAAAGUAUUAAAGGAA